AGAAUCAUUGUCUGAAGGCCUGUUCAUGACAGGUAGCUCCUAAACCAAGAGCAGAGCAGUAUCAGACCCUCCUGCAGCAGAGGGCUCCAAGCUCUCUCCUGGAGUGUGCAGAGGGCAAAACAUGCUCGCGAUAUUCAAAGACAGAAUGUUAAAAAAAUUGAUUCUGUUUAAUUUAUUUAUUCUUUUUUACUUUUUGAGACAGGCUCUCACUAAGGUGUCCUCCAACUCAGGAUCCUCCUGCCUCAACCCCCGAGUAGCUGGGAUUACAGGUGUGGGCAAGAUGGAUGCCAACUUCUCCGUUCCUCAGAAUGGAUCUGAAGAGUUGUCCUAUGAGUCCCCUGGCUACACGGUUCUGGAGAUAAUCCCGCUGGUGGUACUCGCCGUCACCUUUGUCCUCGGUGUGCUGGGCAACGGGCUGGUCAUCUGGGUGGCUGGUUUCCGCAUGACGCACACGGUCACCACCAUCUGCUACCUGAACCUGGCCUUGGCUGACUUCUCCUUCACGGCCACCCUGCCGUUCCUCAUCGUCUCCAUGGCCAUGAGGGAAAAAUGGCCUUUCGGCUGGUUCCUCUGCAAGUUGGUUCACAUUGUGGUGGACAUUAACCUGUUUGGGAGCGUCUUCCUGAUCGCCCUCAUCGCUCUGGACCGCUGCAUCUGUGUCCUGCACCCGGUCUGGGCCCAGAACCACCGCACCGUGAGUCUGGCCAAGAAGGUGAUCGUCGCACCCUGGAUUCUGGCCCUCGUUCUUACGUUGCCGGUUUUCAUCUUCUUGACUACAGUCAGCGAUCCCACAGGGAACGUGUACUGCACCUUCAACUUUAGGUCCUGGGGUGCCACCCUUGAAGAGAGGCUGAAUGUGGCCAUCACCAUGCUGACCAUGCGAGGGAUCAUCCGGUUCAUCAUAGGCUUCAGCAUGCCCAUGUCCAUUGUCGCCGUCUGCUACGGGCUCAUUGCUGCCAAGAUCCGCAGGAAGGGCCUGAUCCGUUCCAGCCGCCCCCUGCGGGUCCUCACUGCCGUGGUGGCCUCCUUCUUCAUCUGCUGGUUCCCCUUCCAGUUGGUGGCCCUCCUCAGCACGGUCUGGCUCCAGGAGAUGUUGUUCCACGGUAAGUACAAAAUCCUCGAGGUCCUGGUCAACCCGACCAGCUCGCUGGCCUUCUUCAACAGCUGCCUCAACCCGAUGCUCUACGUCUUCGUGGGCCAGGACUUCCGGGACAGGCUGAUCCAGUCCCUGCCGGCCAGUCUGGAGAGGGCCCUGAGCGAGGACUCGGCCCAGUCCAGUGACACAGCCACCAACUCUUCCUCGCUCCCUGCAGAGGUUGAGUUACAGGCAAAGUGAGGAGGGGUCUGGGGUAGCCCACCCUGGUCCCAGCUCCAGAUUCCUCUUCCCUCCAGCCAUGUUCUCACUUACCCUGAAAAAGUCCUUCUGUGUCCCCUGAUUUGGGGAAAGAAACAGACAAUGGGGUUUUGGUACUCUGGGUGACAUUUUUGGUACUUGACCUGCGCCUGUACCCUGGGCUAAGAAGAGGUGGAGAAAGAGUCUAAGGGAGAAGAGUAAUGAAUUUAUAAGGCUUAGAUCAGAGUAGAUACUACAAGUAAAACUGUGCUACUUCAUCAUUAAGUAAAAUGUUUGCUGCAGGCUUUUUGUUCCUGUUUUUAAAAUAUGAGACUAUAUAAGUUUCCUCCUGUGCCUAGUUUGCUAGAAAUUUCCCUUUAUUUAAAAAAAAAAUCAUAAGUGGUCGUUGGAUUUUAGGAAAUGUAUUUUCUACAUAUAUUAAGAUUAUAUUUUUUAUCCUUUUACCUGAUCAUAAAUUAGAUUGAUUAUGUUCCCCUCCCUUGUCCUCCUGGAAUAAAGCAUGCUCCAUCA